AUGUUCAGAGAAGCUUGCACUCUCAGUUUAUGGUUUUCCUGCAUUUGUCUGUUUUACGGGUAUGGCACCUAUGCUUCAUUCUACAACUACUCGACAACAACUCAGUGCUUGGUAGAGCCCCUAGAAUCUCUAUAUGGAGGAGGGAUCAUUGUGAAUCCAGAAUUUAAUAAUAACACUGAAGGAUGGGAAGUGUUUGGACAAGGGAAGAUCGAAAGGCGAUUAUCAAAGAAAGGAAACAGGUUUCUUGUGGCACACAGUAGGAGGAAUCCUUUAGACAGUUUUGCACAAAAGGUUCAAGUUGAAGAAGGAAAAAUCUAUAGCUUUUCAGCUUUUGUUCAAGUCAGUGAAGGAACUGAGAUUGUGGCUGUUGUAUUCAAGUUUCCUAACCGCGAAGGCAUACCUGGGGGUUAUGUCAUAGCUCAACAUAGAUGCUGGACCCUUUUAAAAGGUGGCAUAGUAGCAAACUUCACAUCCCCAGUUGAUAUUGUCUUUAAGAGCAAAAAUAGAGCAGUGGAUAUAUGGGUAGACAGUAUCUCAUUACAACCAUUCACCAAGGAUGAAUGGAAAUCUCACCAAGACAAGAGCAUUGAUGAGGUGCGUAAGAGUAAGGUGAGGAUCCAGGUAACUCAGGGAAAUAAAACUAUGGCAAAUGCCAAAGUAUCCAUCAAACAAACCAAGUCAAACUUCCCAUUUGGCUGUGGCAUGACCCAUGUUAUCCUCACAAGCCCUGGUUACCAGAACUGGUUUACAUCUAGAUUUCAAUUUACGACUUUCUCCAACGACUUUAAGUGGUAUAGCACUGAGGUAGUACAAGGCCGAGAAGACUAUACUACCAUAGACGCCAUGUUGAAAUUUGCCAAACAGAAUGGCAUUUCUGUUAGAGGUCACAAUAUCAUCUGGGAUGAUCCAAACAUGCAGCCACUCUGGCUUAAAUCUCUUUCCUCGGAGGACAUUGGAAAUGCUGCACAAAGGAGAAUCAAUUCAGUGGUUGCUAGAUACAAGGGACAACUAAUUGCUUGGGAUGCAGUCAAUGAGAAUCUCCAUUUCAGAUUUUUCGAGGAUAAAUUUGGCGAAAAUGCUUCUGCGUCAUUCUAUUCCGCUGCUCGACAAAUUGACCCUGACACUACUAUGUUCAUGAAUGAGUACAACACCAUCGAAUUUAGUUCAGAUGAGCAAGCAAGUCCAGUCAACUACAAGAACAAACUUCAACAGAUCUUAUCCUAUCCCGGAAAUGCUAACUUGAAAGAAGGAAUAGGUCUUGAAAGUCACUUUGCCGCUGGUCAGCCAAACCUUGCUUACAUGAGAUCGGGGUUAGACUUACUAGGUGCAACAGGAUUUCCAAUAUGGCUUACAGAAGUAUCUGUUGGGAAAUACGAAAAUCAGCCUCAGUAUUUGGAAGAGGUACUAAGGGAGGGUUUUUCUCAUCCGGCAGUCCAAGGGAUCAUAAUUUUUGCUGGACCCGAGAUAAGUGGUUAUAAUGAGACAGUUCUUGCUGAUAACAACUUCAAGAACACUCCAUCAGGGGAUGUUGUGGAUAAGCUGCUCCACGAGUGGAAAUCUGCAACUCAAGACACCACAACCGAUGAUCAAGGGUUCGUAGAUGUUUCCUUGUUUCAUGGGGAAUAUGAAGUUACUGCAAAGUACAAUGUCGCCAAUGCCUCAGCUACUCUAAGCUUCAAGGUUACCAAAACUAACCCACAGGCAGUUGUGCAAGUUCAGAUGGAUACCUGA